CUUGAAGACAUCACGCAAACGCGAACUCGAUGUAAUGUAGCUAACUUCAUUUUAUAAAUGUUCGAUCUCCUUCAACUACGUUGAGGCUUGUACAUUUUGGAGAUUACACUUUUCGGUAAUUAUUUUUUUGCUCAUUGAAACAGUGCAGUUUAACAUAUUAUUAUUCCUAUUCUAGUCAAAGAAAUGGCUCUAAGUGUUGCACUACCUCUACCUGGAUUGGAGUCGGAAAAUUUCAACUCCUUCAGCUCGUUCAUAGACAUAGCGGGCUUGUCUCAAUCGCAGACUAGUCCGAGUCCGUCUGUCUCUAGCGAGUCUAGCGGUAUCGGCUCGCUGGGGUCUCUCAAAUCCGAGUCAGUGAAUAGCGACUCCUUGCCUUCUAGUCCUCAAACUACGGAGAAGAAGGUAUUCGAACCAUUCGUGCAACCUCAACCACGUCCAAAGGAACAGAAGGCUGAAGAUAUCAAAAUAAAAUAUGAGCAACGCGACGUUCUCAACCUGAUGGCUAAUCUCACCGAUUCCCGAUGGAACUACCGUGCAACAGUGCUGCCACCUAAGGAUCCCGCACUGUUCUUCGCCAACCGCUCGCAGUAUCACCGGUUGGGGCCGUUUGGAACGCACACACAGUAUGUAAAAGACGCUUGCCAUUUCUGUGGCUUCUCUUGGGUUGUAGCUGCCAAGGAUUGAGGUGACAAUGUAUCAACACAAACUCCUGAACAAA